CUGCUGCUCGUGCUGCUAAUAAAGCUUGGUUCAAACCAACGCGUUGCCCGACCCGCCCUGACGAGCUCCUUCCGCCAGCAACUUUGACCACCAACCGCGCGGCGUGGCUGGGCCUGGGAGGCGGGACAGGAAGUGAAGCCGCCUCUCCGUAAGGUGAAAGGUUAGCGGAAGUGCCCUCCUUUCCUUUCUGCUGGGUGCCGACUGCCUGCCGUCUAGAUGGGCAAGUUCAUGAAACCCGGGAAAGUGGUGCUGGUCCUGGCCGGACGCUACUCCGGACGCAAAGCCGUCAUCGUGAAGAACAUUGACGAUGGCACCUCAGACCGCCCUUACAGCCAUGCCCUGGUGGCUGGAAUUGACCGUUAUCCCCGAAAAGUGACAGCUGCCAUGGGCAAGAAGAAAAUCGCCAAGCGAUCCAAGAUGAAGUCCUUUGUGAAAGUUUAUAACUACAACCACCUCAUGCCCACAAGGUACUCUGUGGAUAUCCCCUUGGACAAGACUGUUGUCAACAAGGAUGUGUUCAGGGACCCAGCUUUGAAACGCAAGGCCAGGCGGGAGGCCAAGGUCAAGUUUGAGGAGCGAUACAAGACAGGGAAGAACAAAUGGUUUUUCCAGAAGCUUCGCUUUUAGGUAUAUUCUUGUUUUCGUCAUUAAAAUUUAAAAAAAAAA